AUGCUAGUCUCUGAACAGGGAUUCCGAGAAGAUGGAAGAAAGCCCAAGGAGUUAAGAAGGGUCGAGGCAAGGAGAAGAAUGGUUGGAGACGAAGGGAUUGUGGAGAUAAGACAGGGAAAUACCCAGGUGUCUGCUGCAUGUAGAGGUUCUCGAGAGGUUGGGAAGAUAAGCAUUGGGGUUGAGUUCUACGUGGUCUCAAGACAAGAGCCUAUCAACGAGAGAAGAGCACUGGAAUAUGAGGGGCUUUUACUGGACAUCUUCAGUAGCGUCCUGCUUCCUGAAGGAUCGGCAGACAUCAAAGUUAUUGUCCGGGAAGAUGGGGGAUCUCUUCUUUCUGCAAUGAUUAAUUGCAUAACUUUGUGCUUGUCAUACUUUGGAAUCCCUCUGAGGGAUAUGUGCUAUUCAGCCACUGUUUCGGAGGGUUGUAUUGACCUUACGUCUACUGAGGAAAGCCUGAAGACUCCUGUUGUUACUGUUGCAUAUCUAAUGAACAAAAAGAAUAUUGCUUACUUAUCUCUGAACGGAAGGAUUGUGCAGGAGAGGCUCCAAUCCUCGAUUCUUGAAGGAGUGGAUGCUUGCCAUGCUAUUAGCAAGUGCUUCAAAGACUUCUUUUCACCUUGCCUAGAAUGA